GUAACGUCAGCGCGUGCUUGGGAAUGUGGAUGCAGUUAGAUAGCUGUAGCUAGCGAACGCCAGCUUCGUCACACAUGUUGCAUGCAUGCACAGAAAUAGCUAUAAAUUAUCUAGCAUUGGCUUUACCUUGACUUCAUAUUUAGGAUUAUGCAGAUUCAAUCGGUGUGUCCGUACAUUAAACAUAGCUCCACUGUGGGCAUGUUUGUAUAAAUUAAGUUUCCCCAGUCCUCAGAUGGAAAGGCAACCAUCGUUAGUGCGUCUCUUGUGCACGAGUAAAGUUAACUUUUAGUAACGUCCGUCCUCUCAACUGUGAGAUUGGCUAAUAUCAGGUUGCUGCUCGUGUGUAAACUAGUAACACAGAACAAAAACACUGCAUAAGCAGAGCUAACACAACUUCCGUGAUCAUAAAUCCAUACUUUUCACGCUGCACAGAACACUUGUUGCAUUGGCAAUGUCAUGCAGUGUUUACCAACGCAAUAGGAAGCUACAUAUCUUUGACAAGUAACUGCUAGACCCGUCGUGUUCAUUGUAUAAAAACAACUAGUCAUUAUUUUUACGUCUACAGUUUUGGAACUUUUUUGUGCACUUUUUGAAUGGUCACACUGAUACGGAUUCAAAACAUAUCUCUUAACCAGCUAUCUAGGGCAAGUCAAGCGCUACCAUUGUAGUUGUUUUUUUUGUUAUUCGUGCACUGUAGAGGCACAUCUAGCCAGCUAACUUGCAAAACGGUAGUUAAAAUGAGCUGAGCAAACACCUUUUGAUCGAGCACGCUUCAAAAAUCAACAGGUAGUCUGGCAACAAGCUAGCGACCUAGAAAAAAAUGUGCUAAGUGUGUAGUGACAAUUUAGAGUUUAGACUUUUUAACAACUAAAAACAAACGCUAUAUAUUUUUUUUUUUUUACACCUUCUUGGAAAUCUUUACGUUGGAAUAGGGUAACAUUAAAAUACUACUCAAUGCAGCUGCUCAGUCUGGAUCUGAGAGAAACCACCGGACCCCCAGGCCUACCCCAGAGGCCCAUAGGCUACAAGAAACCCAGUGCUCCCUGCUCCCUGUCCUCCCUCUCCUCCUCCAGCUCUCCUAUGUGCCCUGACCCACCCCAGCCUGCAGCCCUGGCCUCCAGCCACUGGGGGCAGCCCCUUGAGCGCUGGAACAGAAUGUCUUUCUGGGCGGAGCGCUCUGUCAGCAUGGUGGAGACCGGUUCCAGCAGUCUGGGCUGGGCUUCCUCUCCCGGUGAGCCCAAACAGCCGGCAUCUCUCAGCCCUUCUCCUCUCUCCUCCUCCUCCACCCUCCUCACCUCCCCCACAUCCUCCUCUUCCUCCUCCAUCUCCUCGCGCUACAAGACCGAACUGUGCCGCACCUUUGCCGAGAGCGGAAUCUGCAAGUAUGGGCCCAAGUGCCAGUUUGCCCAUGGGCAAGACGAGCUGCGGGAUUUGAACCGACACCCCAAGUACAAAACGGAGCCGUGCCGCACCUUCCACACCAUCGGCUUCUGCCCCUACGGCAUCCGCUGUCACUUCGUCCACAACAACGAGGACGACCUGGGGCCCCCUGGCCGCCCGGGGCCUGCCCGCACUCACAGACCCCCCGUCUUCAGGCACAGCUUCAGCUUCGCCGGCUUUCCCUCGGCCCCCGCCCUGGAGCCAUCGUCCCUGCCCUCCCCAUUCCUCCGCACCCCCUCCUCCUCCCCCCCGGCUGCCGACAUCACAGACCUGCUGUCACAUGCCUUCCAAGAGGAGGACUGCGUGUUCGAGCCCGCCCCAGCCUACCCCAACGCCCAGGCCCGAGAUCCCCAGUCUCAGUUUCUCCCCUCGCCCGACUCUGCGUGCGGCCUGUCCCCCGGUACCUGUCUCCUGGAGCAGAGCCCCCCCGUGGGGCCCACCCUGGGGGUCCGCAGCUUGUCCUACACCUCCCUGUCUGACCAGGAGGGGGCGUGUAGCUCGGCCAGCAGCAUGACCGGCUCGGAUUCUUCCGGAACAGACUCCAGCGGCCGCCGCCUGCCCAUCUUCAGCCAGCUCUCUGUCCCUGACGACGGCUUUGUUAGCGACGCCUGCAGCGCCAGUUUCUUCCUGUAGGGGGCGGGCCGUAUUGCCACCCAUCCCUUUCUGGCCAACACAACCACCCACCACCCAGUCUGCUGGUGAAAUCGUUUUAAAGAGACAGUGACUGUAUACCUACUGUGUAGUAUUGUAUUGUGCAGGCAGAUGCUUGGGACAAAAAAAAGUCUCCUCAGUUUCACCACAACAAAUGACACUGCUGAGGGUGCUACUCGUCAAUUGAAACGGUGACGGAACCUUCCAGAAUGUCUCGUAAUGUAGAUGCCAAAGACUUGUGUCUGCCUGGUGGUCAGCUUUUCCACAAGACGGUGGGGAGACAUUUAAUAUGGUAUUUUUUUUCAUAAUAUAUAUCUUUUUUUUUUUCAUGAGCUGGGGGAAAGCUCUGUUUUCCACUCCAGUAGUGAUAACCUUCCUGACUUCAGAAAGGUAUACCUUUUUUCUUUUUUUUGUCUUCAAACUCACGUGUUUUAAAUGAACUCCUGUGCCCGUGAGCUGUUAGGCAGGUUCAUUUCAUUGUUCCGAGUUCGUCAACCCGCAGUCGGUUCUAUUUUAGAUCAAAAGCUUGAAUCGGUUUCCUGACUUGGUGAGUGCAGCUGGUGAGAAUGGAUCAGAGUUUUCACCCAUGUUGUUGUUUUCCUGGCCAAAUCAGUUAGACUUUUGCUAAAUGCAGAAGCUCUGAAGAUGGGGUCGGGGGGUUUGGAUGGACCUCUCGGGCGUGUGUGCGCUCUCUAACCUUCUCUGUUGUGAUGAGCAGACCUGGGUGUGUUGUGUAAAACCGUUGUAGGAUCAGCCGUGCUCUGCAUCUCUCCUGUCUGCUUCAUCAGACAACAUGACCAGACUGAAGGGUUUUGGAUGUUGUGGACCUCCCUGAGUUUCCUUAGGAGCCUAGUGGAUAGUGUGUCUGACAUUUUGGUAGCUGGUUCUCGCGAGAGUCUUUCACAUCCUAUUUAAAUGCCUUUUCGACCAACUUGUUUCCAGCAUGUUUAGAGUUAAAGCAGAAUCUUUAGUAAAUUAAUUUGUUUAAUUUAUUUUUAAUGUAUUUAUAGAGAUACUUUUUUGAGUUUUCUGUAUUAAGUUUAAUAUAUUGUUGGGGUUUUUUGUACUUGAAAUAAAAUGUUCUUUUUUUAAAAAGAUGGUGGUUGUUCGUAA